UCCGCCAGACGUCCGCCAUGAGCUCCUUCGCUCACAUCCUCCAGGAGGUGGGAGAGUUUGGCUUCUUCCAAAAGCGUCUGGUGGCCAUCUUGUGCAUCCCCAGCUUCUUCAUCGCCUUCGACGUCAUCGGCCAGGUGUUCACGGGCCUGGCCUUCCCCAACUUCUGCGACACCUCCUGGAUCCUGGAGCGAGGAGCCAACCUCAGCCUGCAGAGGCAGAAGGAGCUGAGUCUCCCUCGCCGCCCGGACGGAACUUUCCACGCCUGCUUGAUGUUCACGCCCGUGCCCUGGGACCUGGACACCAUCGUGGAGUACGGCCUCAACCACACCACGCCGUGCCUCAACGGCUCCACCUUUGAGGCGCCGCCGGGAGCCUCCAGCGUGGUCACUGAGUUCCAGCUGGUGUGUGACAGAAGUUCCUUCAUCGAAGCGUCCCAGUCCGUCUACAUGGCCGGACUUCUUGUGGGGGCCUUGGUGCUGGGGGCCAUGGCUGACAGGUUCGGUCGGCGUGUUGUGGUCCUGCUGGCUCAUCUUCUUCUCUUCUUGUUCGGCGUCACGUCUGCCUUUUCUCCAAAUAUUUAUUUUUACAUCACACUCAAAUUCCUGUGUGGAUUUUCUCUGUCGGGAAUAAUCGCCAACGCGUUUGUGAUCGGUGGAGAGUGGUGUGAGUCGUCCAAGUUCGCCCUGUGCACCAUCGUCAGCCAUUCCUUCACUGCGGUGGGCUUGAUGCUGCUGUCAGGUGUUGCUUACCUCAUCCCCCACUGGAGGAUCCUGCAACUUGUCCUCUACUCGCCUCUUCUGCUGCUGCUGCCUCUUCUCUACUGGUUCCUGCCAGAAUCUGCUCGCUGGCUCCUCACUCAGGGCAGAAAGGAGGAAGCCGUGAAGGAACUGAGGAGAGCAGCAAAGGUCAACGGCAGGACCAUCUCACAACAUCUGCUGGACAAGCUGGAGAUGGAGGCGUGUCCCCACAGAGGAAGCAGACAAAGCAUGUUGGACAUCUUCAGGAUUUCCUACUUGAGAAAACGAGCGCUGGUGAUGAGUUACAUCUGGUUUGGCACCAGCCUGGUCUACUACGGCCUGAGUCUUAACGUGGGGAACUUUGGUGUCGACGUCUACUUGACCCAGUUCAUCUUCGGCCUGGUGGAGAUUCCUGCUCGACUCGGCUCUCUGCCGCUCAUCCAGCGCUUUGGCAGGCGGCCGGGCCAGGCCGGAUUGUUGAUGUUUGCGGGCGCCGCCUGCCUCGCCAGCAUCGCCGUGCCCAAAGAUCUCCCCGCGGUGGCCACGGCCAUCGCCGUCAUCGGGAAAUUCGCCGCCACCGCCUGCUUCUCCAUCGUGUUCGUUUACACGGCGGAACUUUAUCCCACCACGCUGAGGCAGAACGGCGUGGGCCUCAACUCCAUGUGCGCGCGCGUCGGGGGCGUCCUGGCGCCGCUGAUCCGACUGCUCCACGCCUACCAUGACGUCAUCCCCAUGUCCUUAUAUGGUGCGGUGCCCGUCAGCGCCGGGCUCCUGUGUUUGCUGCUGCCGGAGACGCACGGCGCGGAGCUGCAGGAUCACGCCGAGAUGACGCAAGACGGCGCCGGAAGCGGCGGCCGCGAGGAGGACGGAGAAAAGGACACGCCCUUCUAGCGGAGAUGCACUGUUACCAUGGCAACAGCCGCUCGCCAACACAGGAGAAAACAUCAAAUCCUCAAGAUUUUUCUCUCUUAUUGGACUUUUUUUACAUUUUAAUUUCUUUAUUAUUAUUUUUCACGCUCUCUUU